CCAUCUACGCCCUGUUUCAGCCUGAAGCAAUUAUGGGAGGAAAUAUCUUGUCCUCCCUUCCUUUUCCUCUUCCAGAAUGGUGCUCAGAGGCAUCAGAAUGGUCCAUCAUUUGACAUACCAUCAUAGGCUUUCCUACAACACAGCCUCUAACAAAACUAGGCUGUCUGGAACCCCUGGCAACAGGAUUAUUUACCUUUAUACCAGGAAGGUUAGGAAAGCCUGUACAUCUGAAUGUAGUGUGUGCUCAGGCAGGCUUCAAGGUGUUCAUGCUGUGAGACCAAAAGUCUUUAUGAGGUUGUCUAAGAUAAAGAAGCAUGUCAGCAGGGCCUACAGUGGGUGCAUGUGUGCCAAGUGUGUCUGCGACAGGAUCAAGCGGGCUUUCCUUAUUGAGGAGCAGAAAAUUGUUGUGAAGGUGUUGAAAGUAUAAGCACAGAGUCAGAAAGCAAAAUAAAUAUGCAGCUUUUUAAAUUUAAAAACAAAAAAAAUCAUCCUGUGCUCCCUGCUCCCAAAACAGGCUAAAAGCCUAAGUUAAAGGUUA